UGGUAGAAGAAAUAAUUAAAAGCGGGGAUGGAGGGUGGAAGAGCAAAAGAAGAGGAACAUGAUGGCGUUUCCGUACAUUCUCCUUGCAAAGCUCCGCCGUCCUCCGCCUCUUCGCUUCCUAAGGAGCAACAUGAGGUAGAAUUGGAGCUGAGGCUAUUGGAAGCACUUGAAAUCUAUCCUCCUGUCAAAUUACGAGGCGUGCAUCGUCACUUUGUUCUCUAUGGACUAAUGGAGUUCCUGCAGAAAAGCCUUGACCGUCAUUUUUCUCCGGAUGAGGUUUUACAGUUGCUAGAUCGUUUCUACAACUUGGAAGUGUUGAAACCAGAUGAUGAAGAGAUUGAUACCCUAAAUCAUGAGGAAGAUUUUUGCUUGCCACAAAGCUAUUUUGUCAAGGAAGAACCCUAAAUUCAUGUUGGGGGAUUUGGGGGAGGGGGUUCCAUAUAUUUGCACUAGACUUGGUUUCUACUUCUGAUCUGAUGAUUUCUUACUGUGGUAAUAUUCCUUGAUCAUAUUGCACGGUAUUACCGUAAAAAUUAGGUUGCAAUUUUGAUGGAAAGUAAUUAGUUUGGCUCCACCAUCU